AUGCUCGGCAACCGGACCUCGUCUUCUUCGAUGUGGCGACUGUCAAGCGGUGAGAUCAAACGAGCCCGCGCUAGGGUGGAGAAAGAGACUUUUGCCAUUCGCAAUGCCACAGAGGACAUCUUGACUCCGGCCAAUGCCUUCGAGACGCAUGCCGGUUUGCCGCUAGGUUCUUGCCGCGCCAGCAAACUCCCAGAGCAUCUUUGGCGCAACAUCGAGCUGGCUACACUCCGAAGCCCGCUGUCCUCCUUGUACCAAAAACUACCGCCCGACGACCUGACCACUGCUGGUGAGGUUCAUCUCGAGCAUGCUAAGAAGCUCGGCUCUCAGCUCCACAGGGCCAUCUCCUCUUUCGGGUUCAACCUCUUCGACCCAGACGAGGCCCUGUCCAGCGUUGUCGAAACGCACUCGCUCGGAUCUUGGGAAGAAAUGGCCCUGACUUUGCAGAACUCGUAUGCUGCGUGGUCAGGGUCCGAGGGUGUUCUUGACCUGUGGACAGGAGACACCGGCGAGCUCUGCGGCGAGGACUGGUACUUCAGCGGACUUCAUGGCGCGGGCUUCACAGGGGUCGACAGUUACGAGCCAAAAUGCAUCUGGAUCAGCAGCUCUCACGUGAAACAGUCUCCUAAUAGCGGGUUUCAGAUUCACUGGCCGAGUUACAAGCCGCAGAAGAGUCCAGGCGCAACGGGAGAUGGCAAAGAGAGCUACCUUAUGCCACCCUUCCGGGAGACGUUCCACAGGACGUGCGACCCCGACAGCGCCGUGUUCAGAACGCACAAGUACCCCGAUAUUUACACGGCGAACAUUGUGGGCUACCGGCAGACGCCGAGAAAUCGUAAACACCCCAGCAUGCAUCUAACUUUACCCGAGCCGAGUACGAAAAGACGCUUGCCAAGUUUGCGGAGAAAGCCCGUCGUAACGCGGAUGAGGAACAUUCGUUAUCAGAACCACCAACGAGCCAAAUCUGUGGCAAGAGGUAACAAGUACAAAUACCAACGGCUAUCCGUGAUCGGCUGCCCGCAAAGUCGCCGAGUGAAGAGCCUGUUCAGGAGACCCUGGGGAAAGGAAGAAUACCUAGACGUAGGUAAAGGGCGGCCACGGCACUCGAAACGCCAACAGGACGGAGGAAAUGAGGCCGCAGUCCUGAAUGGUACAUCGACGGCCAGCGAUCCUGCCUCAGCCAGCCAGAAUCUCCUGGGACCGGAGAACCCGUUCAACUGGCUUGUGGUUGACUCCUUCGCGGGCAACAGCGCCGCCUAUCUCCGCAGCAGCAACUCGUCGCGCGGGCCCGACUUUGCCAACGCCAAGGAGACGAUGUUCUGCCUCAUGUCGGACAAGACGCUGCACCCAUUCUGCGCAGACAACGACAAGAAAACGGCUGACGGCCGUCCUUGCUUCGACCUCGAGUCGCAGCAGCUUGUGCGCGGCGGAAUCGUCAGGUGA